UAGACAAGUUCUCGCGAGAGGACAAGCGGAAGUUGGGCAGAUGGGGUUUUGGAUGACAGAGAGACGAAAGUAAUGGUUUGUUUUUAUGGUUAAACAUGUCAGGCAGGUGUGUGUGAGUUACAGCUGGGUGAAGUCCAGACGGAACCGGGAAGUUUUCAUGCUGUGCGACUUGUUGUUGUUGUUAUUAUUGUUGUUGCACGAGCUCCCGCUGGCGCUGUUGCCCAAGCCGACUUGCACUCGUUUGUCCCGGGGUCAUCGGCCACUGCGCCCGCUUCCUGCCCACCGAGAGUCGGCAGAAUGACCGGAGAGAAGAUCCGCUCCCUCCGUAAGGACCACAAGCCCGGGAAGGACGAGGACUUGCUCGAGCCGGAUGAAGAAGCCGCGACCGGCACCUUCACAUCGGCCAGCAGGACGAGCAGCAAAGGCAAGAGCAACAAGAUCUUCAGCAACCACAAGCUGGUGAAAUCCGCCUCGCAGCACAGCCACAACAACCAGCAGCAGCAGCAGCAGACCCAGCUCAACGCCAACACUAACGGCAUCUCCACCCCGGAAACCGGCGACGAUAAAAACAAAAACCCGAUUAUUCGAAGCGCCGAUGAUUUCCCGGUGCACGAGUGCGUGUUCAAAGGAGACGUGCGGCGAUUAUCGUCGCUUAUUCGCACUCAGAAUAUCGCACAGAAAGAUGUUCAUGGAAACACUCCUCUUCAUCUGGCUGUAAUGAUGGGUCAUAAAGAAUGUGCUCAUCUCCUGCUUGCCCAUAAUGCACCAGUAAAGGUGAAAAACGCUCAGGGAUGGAGUCCUCUCGCCGAAGCCAUCAGCUACGGAGACCGUCAGAUGAUCACAGCACUCUUGCGGAAGCUGAAGCAGCAGUCCAGAGAGAGCGUCGAGGACAAGAGGCCUCGGCUCCUCAAAGCCCUUAAAGAGCUUGGGGACUUUUAUUUGGAGCUUCACUGGGAUUUCCAAAGCUGGGUACCUUUACUCUCGAGAAUUUUACCCUCGGACGCUUGCAAGAUCUACAAGCAGGGAAUCAACAUCAGGUUGGACACUACUCUCAUCGAUUUCACGGACAUGAAAUGCCAGCGAGGAGACCUGAGCUUCAUCUUCAACGGUGACGCCAUUCCGUCCGAGUCCUUCGUAGUGCUGGACAACGAGCAGAAAGUGUACCAGCGGAUACACCACGAGGAGUCGGAGAUGGAGACCGAGGAAGAGGUGGACAUUUUGAUGAGCAGCGACAUUUACUCAGCCACCCUGUCCACCAAAUCCAUCACCUUCUCCCGAGCGCAGAGCGGCUGGCUCUUCCGCGAAGACAAAACCGAACGGGUCGGGAACUUCCUGGCGGAUUUCUACCUGGUCAACGGCCUCGUUCUGGAGUCGAGGAAACGGAGAGAGCACUUGAGCGAGGAGGACAUUCUGAGGAACAAGGCGAUCAUGGAGAGCCUCAGCAAAGGAGGUAACCUCAUCGAGCAGAACUUUGAGCCGGUAAGACGCCAGUCCCUGACUGCUCCCGCGCCGAACACUAUUUCCUGGGAGGAGUACAUCACUGCUGAGACUGGGAAAGCUCCUCAUCUUGGAAGAGAGCUCGUCUGUAAAGAGAGCAAGAAGAACUUUAAAGCCACCGUAGCCAUGAGCCAGGAAUUUCCUCUCGGCAUCGAGUCGUUAUUAAACGUUUUAGAAGUGAUCGCACCCUUCAAGCACUUUAAUAAACUCAGAGAAUUUGUUCAGAUGAAGCUCCCACCAGGUUUCCCAGUGAAAUUAGACAUCCCCGUGUUUCCCACCAUCACCGCCACCGUGACGUUUCAGGAGUUCCGCUAUGACGAAUUCGAGGAGUCUAUUUUCACCAUCCCAAACGACUACAAAGAAGAUCCCAGUCGCUUCCCGGAUCUCUGAUCAAGCUUUCUGUUUGUUUUUUGUUUUGUUUUGUUUGUUCCUCCUCCUCUUUCUGUCUGCUUCUGAUCAUCUCAGCACCGCAUGUCCAUCUCUCCACCAGAUCGGGCUCGCCGUCUCGACAGGAAGCAACCAUCAUCACAUGACUUCGCAUCACUUGAGCCUCAAUCUGAGACCCUUUGCAGGGCUGAAAGACCCAAACAAAGGUAGAAUAGUUACUCCUGGCGCUGUGCUGACAUCGUAGCGAGACUUUAGCGGACUACGGGACAUAAGUGGAAUUGAAAAGACGUUCUGGAAGCGAACAGAUGAGCAGGGAGCUGACGGGAGCGGGACAGAGCACCGCCCUAAUGCACUACAUCACUCCUGACGGUGCCGAGGCUCCAGCGUAGCUCCUCCUCUUCGACACGUCCUUCAGGAGCGAACCUCCAUCCCACCCAACUCGACGCUUCCUUCCGUGUUACUCUGGCAGGAAACGCGUCAUUACGAGUUCUGUAUUUCCGUACAUCACGUUUUCAUAUCCCUUUGUUACACGACUGUGUUCCUCACGUUCCUGAAAAACAAUCGAAGCGACGCGAAUACCGUUUUACGUCGUACGAGACUUCUUAUAAUCGCUCUGCGCUUUCUACGGAUGAAGAUUCUUUCUGUAAAUAUCUCGGUUUGUUUGGAUUUCAGUCCCAGAGCAGCAGAGCGGGAUGAGCUCUGCGAACAUGUCUGUUACUGCUCGCUUUUUUUUUUUAAAAAACCUAGUUUCAUGUUUUUGUGAUUUCUUCUUUCUUUUCAUCCUCAACUGCAAAGGACCACACGAGUUCCCGGAACAGCACAGGUUUUAUUUCCACUCACACGCUUAGAAUCAUUUCCGAUCAGGCACUCGUUUGUAAAUGCAGUGUACAGUUUGAGAUAAAACCUGUUUAACAGCGGCACGACUUUCAGCAGACGAAUAACACGUACGUUAUUUCUUUUAUUAUUAUUAUUAUUAUUAUUAUUUUUAUUUUUAUGAUAGAUGGAUGUAGAUGUAUAUACAACAUUUUAGAUUAUACAACAGCUAUACUGACAAAACCGUAUGAUUGAUUGAUUGUAUUAUGUAAAAAAAAAAAAAAUGUUUGAGGAACAGCCCGUGAAAUGUAGAUGGGGAAAUUUCUUGAACUGGAUGUUUUAUUAGGGGAUUUUUUUUUUUUGUGGACAGAAAAAGGAAAAAAAAAAAAGAUCAAAUUCACACCAGCAAGCGACGUCUGAAUUUGAAUCCAAGUUUAUUUAUGUAAUCCUUGUUUUUGGUUUUUAAAUCUACACUGGAUUUCUCGAUUUGGGCCUCCAAGGGGUCUGAUGAUGAUGAUGAUGAUGAUGUAAAUGCUUCCAAACCACACUACUGGUUAGUGUGAUGAACCGGCGCCUGCUUUGUUUUGCUUUUUUUGUUUUGUUUUUUAAAAACGUCACAGCUUGAAGACUUCUUCUCGUUUUGCGCCUUGAACUCCAGACCUGGUUUUUACCCGAACGCUCGGAUGAACCAGUUGUACAGCAAGUACCUUGUAUGCCACACUUUUUUUUUUUUUUCCUCCCCCUCCCCCCAUGAGGAAUUGUACUUAAUAAAAUGUCCAUAUACCAA